UGCUUGAACGGCAUAUAAAGCGAGCGGAGACGCCAAGCAUAGUGCGAGAACCAGCAGCUCGAGCUCGUCUUGCGAACUGGCUUAGGAGUUUACACAUCACACACUUUCUAGCACACAUACAUAUAUAUACACACACGCACACACUCUUCGAGUUGAAAUUUUAUUUUAAGAAUUAAAUCAAUCGAAAUUUACAUUCUUCGGGGGGUGUGGUCGGUUAGUUACUUUUUGGUUCGUAUAAUACUUUUUAUUUUUAACUCGGCGGGAGGCGCUGAACUGCGUCCUGUCAAUUUGGAUUUUUUUUUUAAUUUGUCGUAUUCUUUUGAAAAAGAGUAUCUUUGGGAGGGGGCAAACACAAGCAGCUUGGCAAAAGGAAGGCGGAGAAGCAAGCAAGCCCAGGUUCUGUGUGUCUGCGUGUGUGUGUUUUUCGUCCAGAGGUCCCUGUAGCUCAUGAAAUAUGCAUGAGUACGGCGACGUCUGACGUAGGAGGCGUGUUACUGGGAGAGUCACAGCUAGGGGAGGCGGGGGAACGCUAGGCACGUUAAGACACGCAAAAAAGAAAGGGGGAGGGAGUUAGCGUUUAGGGGGACGAGCGGAAUACGUUGCCUUUACGCAAUAACAGGCAAAGGCACAUGCCUAUAGUAGCAGCAGACGAGCAGAGAUUGUUAAACUCGGCCAGAAACUGCAAGUUUUUGCUUCUCCCAAAUUGAAGAAGGAAGGAAGAGCGUCAGCUGCGUGUGGCUGGUCUAUGGACGUGCUUUUGUUGACAUGCCGGAGGAGGAGAAGAGAGCACUGGGAAUGCAGUAAGAAGAAAACUUCAUAAUGUUUUACACGAACUUUUAAACAUUCUGUCCAUGCCUCUUGCAGCAGUUGAAAAUAAUGAUAGAAAUGUCGGUGGAAAACAAUACUUCAGUGGAAGGCAACACGGAUUCUGCUACAUCACUACACCAAUGUACUGGAAAUAGUCCCAGCCAUGUCCCAUUACCUGUGGAGUCCAUAUCUGGAGAACUUCUGGACGAUGCCAAUGUUGUUUUGACAGCUCGGUGCAUUAAUAAUAGCAAUUCUAUUGAGAAUAAGAUUGAGCAUGCUGAAGCUGAAAACACCAUGGGACAGCUUUACAGGCCCAAGAAUGGACUGCAGCAACAGCAGAAAUCAAAUAAAAGGCGCAACAGUGUCAACAUUGGCUUCAAGCAUCCUGGAUUCAAACGUCGCCGACGAGCCAACUCCGAAUGUGACCCAGUUUUGCCCACUAACUUUUUGUUGGGAGGUAACAUUUUUGACCCCCUGAAUCUUAAUAGCCUUUUAGAUGAAGAGGUCAACCGGGCCCUAAAUGCAGAGACCCCGAAGUCCUCCCCACUGCCUUCGAAAAACAGAGAUCCAGUGGAAAUUUUAAUUCCCAAGGACAUUACAGAUCCUUUGAAUUUGAACUGUGGUGGUGGUGAUGAUGGUAUCUUGGUGUCACCAGUGAAGGCCGGAGGAGGGGGCAGGAAAAGGCAUAGGCAUCGGCACCAUGGGAAUCCUCCACAUCAGCUGCCAGGUUCUGUUACCAAUAAUGUUCCACCAAUAGCUACAUCAACGCAGGAAUCUAUUUUGGCUCUGGACAGUCAUUCAUUGGAUGUGCCAGUUGGUGAAAAAUCUUCAUCAGAUGCUGCUUGUCCGAUAUUGAACCCUCCAUACCUGAAAGAGGAAAGCAUGAUUGGUAGUGCAGUGGACCUAGCUGGGGAGACGCCACCAUCAUUUGAGGGGCCACAGCCGUAUGAACUGAAUACAUCUAUUAAUUGCAGGGAUGAAAUUGUGCCACCCAUUCUUCCUUUGUCAAGUGUCACUGAACAAAAACCAUCAUCAAAUUUAAAUUCUUCUCUCGCAUCUGUCCCUGGUGGUUCUGUAACGUGUGCCAGUGUUAGGCAUCGCAAGCGGCGCAGAACUUCCAGCAAAUCUGAGUCAGUGCCACCAAUUGGGGGGAGUAGCAAAUCAAAACAAGCAAUAACUGACAAGAAGGGAACCCCAGAAAAAAGCAAGCCACAGCAAGGCAGCAAGCAGUAUGGCUCACAGCCUUUAUUCAGAGACAAGCAGCGCAAGUUUCAGUAUGGCAACUACAACAAAUACUACGGCUACAGAAACCCUGGCUGGUGCGAGGAUCCCAGAGUUCGAGUGCUGAAGCCUGAGUGGUUCCACAAUAAGUCUGUUCUAGAUCUGGGCUGUAACACAGGCCACAUGACGCUCUACCUUGCCAAAAACUGCAAGCCUUGUAAAAUUGUAGGAAUUGACAUUGAUGGUGGAUUAAUCCAUUCUGCUUGGCAGAAUGUUCGUCAUUACUUAUCAGAGGUUGUGCAGCCAUCUUCAGCAAAGAAAGGAGAAGACCAUGAAGGGAUGCCCAAAAAGCAGUUUCCAGCAUCCCUCACUAUUUGCAGGGGCCCAAUAGCAGCACCGCCUAUUGGCCAGCUAUCAAGUUCCAGCAGAGAGUUCCCCAACAACGUAUCAUUCUUGCGGGCAAAUUAUGUACUCCCGAAUGAUGACUUGCUGCAAACUCAAAGGCCAGAAUAUGAUGUUAUAUUGUGUCUGAGUAUGACAAAGUGGGUUCACUUGAACUGGGGAGAUGAUGGCCUCAAGAGGCUAUUCAGGCGAAUCUAUUUACAUCUAAAUCCUGGAGGCAUCUUUAUUUUGGAACCACAGCUCUGGUCAUCAUAUGGCAAGAGGAAGAAUCUCACUGAGAAUAUCAACAAAAACUAUUACAACAUACAUUUCAAGCCAGACCAGUUCACAGCUUAUUUGAUAUCUCCAGAAGUUGGCUUCUCCAGUUAUGAGUUGAUUGGGACACCACAGAGCUCAUCCAAAGGAUUUCAGCGACCAAUUUACUUGUUUCACAAAGGUCAUCCAUCUACUGAGAAAUAAGACUUUGUUUUAAUGGCAGUGAUUAUUUUUUUUAUUAUAGAUAUAUAUUUUUAAAGUAGAUAAAAAGAAUGGGAUAAAAGUUUGGAAACCAGAAUUUUCAGACUGAACACACCUUAACUGUCCGCCUUGUUUAGAUCAUUUAAUUCUACUGAACAUUUUGAGUCUUUCCCAGCAAUGGCAUUCAUUACAAUCAAGCGAAUAAAACAAAAAGCGAGAACUUUAGAAAAUGGCUACAGUUCCAUUUUCCAUGUCUGGAAGGCAUUUGCAAGGUUCAGCAUUUAUCCAUAAAAAAAAACUUGGGAAAGGAAGGGGGCCCAUAAUGUGGUGGAUGUUUUGCCCAUGUCUGUUUGACAGCAGAGUACUGGAAUAUAAAAUUGUCACUCAGGAUUCCAAGGCAGCAGGACAUGUUCGUCUAGCAACACCCCGCCUAGAGAUGGAGAAUUCAGCUAAUUGUGUCACACUUUCUCUUGCUGAUCCUGGUUGUGAAUGAUUUUGAAGGGCUGUAAAACUUAAAGGAGCAGCUCCAAAUGGCAUCCUCUCCUAAUUUUGUACUCCAUACUUCACGUUUUACUCAAGCUCCGACUGGCAGUGUACUUUAACUUGGUUCACUUUAAACUACCGUUUUUCUUCAUUUAAUUUUUUUUUAAAGAAG